GUCGCGACGCUCUGAGCUAUUUUUUUAAACUUUUUUUUUUAAACACAGUAAUAGUGGGGCGUCACUCUAUUUCGGUCGGACCCGUGCAGGGACAUUCAGUCUGUGAGCAAACUUCUUCACCAGGAGUCGCGGGAAUCGAAAAUCGAAAUGUUUCUCGUAAUCUCGUGAUGAGGUCGCCCCAGAAAGAAGGAGAAGGAGAACAAGAAGAAAGAGAGAGAGCAAGUCACUUGCAAAUGAAGUCAGCGACGACCUCAGGGUUAAUCGCUGAACUUGUUCCUAAAUUUCUCACUCAAGGACACGAUGACAAUCAACAAAUUAUAAACAUAGUGAAAAUCUGAUUGAAAAUCUUAUAUUUAAAAUCAAUCAAAUAGGAUAAUUAAAACUUAAUUUAAACUAAAUUCAAAAUUUGUGGAACUAAUUGAAUUUUUUUUCAAUUGUUUUGGGGUAAAAAGUGCUCAAGAGAAAAAUGUUUUAUACGGAACAAGAUGAGGAGGAAGAGGCGCUGCUUUGCAGUCCUGCUUUAAUGGCAAGAAGAGCAUCGGAAUCCUGGAUUGUUGCUCCUCCUGUUGAGGCAAUGCCAGUGCCCGCAGUGUCCCUGCAAAGAAAAAAAUCCUUGCCGGAUGUGGCCCAACCGAUCCAGUUGAGUGCGACCGCUCCAUUAUCUAGGGAGGAAGUCAGCAAACUGAGCAGCUUGAGGCGCGAGGAAAUUCGCAGGCAAAUCGACGAAAGCGAAAGGCUCCGGGCCAAUCCUCUGCUCUACUUAGUCAGUCCUCAGGUUAAAGACUGGUUUUCGCGACAGCAGCUUGUGAUGCUGGUACUCUUUAUCAACAUAUCUCUAGCUCUGAUGUUCUUUAAAUUGUUGACGUAGCAACCCGCCAACGAUUGGAUAAAACGUCGUGUGCUGGACGUCACUUGAAAGUGACCUCAUCAGUUCGCUUCGUAAUUACCCGUGGCAGACAAAAAUUUAACCGCUGAAAACGGCUUUCUUUUUUGGAGGAAAAAAAAAGAAAAAUAGUUCAGCAACAUGCCAGUGCCUCACCAGGGCACGUAAAGAAGAGAAACGUUCAAAGAAAGGAGAUUAUUAUUAUAUUUUUUCUUUUUUUUUUGUUUUCAUCAUUGAUAAAAAUCAAGAGAAAAGUGGACACAAAUUUUCUUCUCUAAGGUCCAAAAAAUAAAGUGAAAAGAAUUUGUCUCUUUUCAAACUGAAAGUUUGAUUACGAAAAACCAAAAAAAAAAAAAUUUUUUUUUGCCUAGAAAAUGGCAAAUACAACUCUGUCAUAAAUAUUAUAUAAAUAUAAGAAGAAAACAAGGAAGACUCAAUUGUUUCUAUAUAAAUGUGUCUCUCUCUCUCUAUAUAUAUAAAGAAAAAUCUACCAAAGGAGACGAGAAAUCAUGUUUUCGCGAACGCAAUACUUUUUUCUAGUCGACGACGAAAUGUGUACGCAAAUUGCUCUAUUGCAAUAUUGUUUCCACUGUAUUUUGUACUCGCGGGGAUUAAUAAAAAAAAAUAAUAAUAAUAAUAAAUAACGCGAAGCGAUAAGCACACAAUCUCCCCCCUCCCCCUUUUCCUCGCGAGCGUUGCGACAUACCUGCUAUUUUUACACUGAAUAUUUUAAUAAGAAUUGCAUAUAUACUAUAAUCGAAUUCUCAUUAUAAAGGUUUUAUGUCGAUCGAGAGCGCGAGUAUAGUGUUUCAGAGUGAAUCAAAAAAAAAAAUAAUGUAUAUCAAAAGUUUCCAAAAAAAAUAAAAAAAGAAGCUUAAAUUUGCUACUUGUAUACGUCUUGUGAUUGGUCCUUUAAUCUUGUAAAAUAAAAAAAAGAAAACCUAGUUUUCUAAAACUUAAAAUUCAGAUAUUCAAACUUGGACCAUUUACUCUCUCGUGUGUAUACAAUUCCCAUAAAGAGAAAAAUAUUGUAAAAAAAAUGUAUUUGACAUAUAAAAUAGACUCGUUUUUCAAUAUAUGCUAAUUGCUCAUAUUGUAAUUGAAUUGCACAGUAUAUUUUAUAUCUGUAAAUGUAAAUUGUAAACUUAAAAAAUCAGCAGAUUAUACAAAUUAUUAUUACAUUUAUUA